AUAAUAAUCCAAAGACACCAGCAGCCGUCUCUGACAAAAGUUAAUUCCAUCCAGAGUAUUUACUGAAUGUACAUGUGCACACUCUGCUGACCGUCCAAAGUCUUUUGACAUGGUUCUGAAGACGAUUUGAUCAUUUCAAAAAGAACGAGUCUACAUUGAAACGCUCAGAUGAUUACACUAGCACACAUUUUCCCAAUAGAAUCGUCCUAUUGUCUUUUCUCAGAGAACCAUGAAUCAGCUUUAAAGUCACUUGUCACCAGGCCAACGGAUGUUGAGCAUUGUGUUCUCAGGACUAAAAGUACUUCCACACUCCAGAAUUUGUUGUUUCAAUGUGCUGUCUCCUAUGCAACUAAAGAGGCCAAUGUGACUUACAUUUGCCAGCAGCCCUUCACCAAUCUUCCACCGGGUGUGCAUGGAAUGCCAAGACCAGAGGCAAAUGUUCUGAAGACUGUAAAAUUUUUAUACAUGAAAACAGUGGAGGAAGUUGUUGAGUUUUGUGCCACCAUCCACAACAGAGUACUCAGUCCUGAUCUUCUCAUCCUGGAUGACAUCGAGAGCUACAUUGAACAACUUCAGGGUCCAUGCCUGGAACAUAAGGCAGCCAAAUUCUGUGCCCUCCUUUGUGAUGCUGUAAAUUUUAUCAAGUCCAAAAAUGAUGGCCCGAGGCAUCUGCUUUUGUCUUGUAUUGAUUCAUCCAAUCGACUCGUCUCUGUGUUCAGGAAUUCUGGGAUACAAGUUCUGAAUGUUGAAGAAGUACAGCCAGACAAGUUUCAGAUGACCACGACGACAGGAAGUAAAAGCAUUGGUGUGGAGUUUUGUUCUCAGAAAGGAGAAGUGUAUCUUCAGAAUUUCCGUGUGAAAGAGACGAGUUAAUGUUUCACAACGUGUACAACCAGGAGAUGAUUUAACAUUUCACAACGCGUACAACCAAGAGAUGAUUUAACAUUUCACAACGCGUACAACCAAGAGACGAUUUAACAUUUCACAACGCGUACAACCAAGAGACGAUUUAACAUUUCACAACGCGUACAACCAAGAGAUGAUUUAACAUUUCACAACGUGUACAACCAAGAGACGAUUUAACAUUUCACAACGCGUACAACCAAGAGACGAUUUAACAUUUCACAACGCGUACAACCAAGAGAUGAUUUAACAUUUCACAACGCGUACAACCAAGAGAUGAUUUAACAUUUCACAACGCGUACAACCAAGAGACGAUUUAACAUUUCACAACGCGUACAACCAAGAGACGAUUUAACAUUUCACAACGCGUACAACCAAGAGAUGAUUUAACAUUUCACAACGCGUACAACCAAGAGACGAUUUAACAUUUCACAACGCGUACAACCAAGAGAUGAUUUAACAUUUCACAACGCGUACAACCAAGAGAUGAUUUAACAUUUCACAACGUGUACAACCAAGAGACGAUUUAACAUUUCACAACGUGUACAACCAGGAGACGAUUUUAGCGUUUCGCAACGUGAUGCAGUCUUUCGUUAUGAAGCCACAUAAUAGUUUGAUACGUUGUAAAACAGUAUUUGCUACAAUAUCUAGGGGUUUGUUUACUUUUAGGGCAACACACAUAUCAUGUAGCAAAUCAUCGGCCUUAAUCAACUUGCCAAGUAAAUGGUUACAGAGGUAAUAUCUUAUCCCUACAGGUUUUAGAUCUUUAUUUGGAGGAAGGAUUUGCCCUUUCAAAUGCAAAAGGAAAGAAAAGAUAUGUUUGUUAUAUAUUAUAAAAUGAAAGAAAAGGUAUGUUAAAUAUUACAAAAUGAAAGAAAAGAUAUGUUUGUUACAUAUUACAAAAUGAAAGAAAAUGUAUGUUACAUAUUACCAAAUGAAAGAAAAGAGAAGUUUAUUACCGGUAGAUAUUACAAAAUGAAAGAAAAGAUAUGUUUGUUACAUAUUACCAAAUGAAAGAAAAGAUAUGUUUGUUACAUGUAGUAGACUGAAUUUGUCAGUUUUAUGAAACACCAGAUAUUAAAUUUUCAUGUAAGCUAAA